GUCUGUUGAUGCCACAGUCUUCCUGCACAGCAAAAGUAGCUAACAUCAUAGCAGAAGUAGCCAGAAAUGGUGAGGUUUUCUACAAGAACUUUUCUGCUGGAACAUCUUCAGUUUUUCACCUCACUUGUCAAAUUUAUGCGGAACCCGUGUGUGGAUGCUGGGUUGAUCCCUCCUUUGGUGCAGAUGUUAAACUGCAAAGACCAGGAAGUAUUGCUGCAAACAGGACGUGCCCUGGGCAAUAUAUGCUAUGAUAGCCAUGAGGGCAGGAACGCAGUUGACCAUGCAGGUGGUGCACAUAUUGUAGUAGACCUUAUAAGGUCGCUAUGCAGUAAAACAGAUCCAGCCAGUGAGAAGCUCUUGACUGUCUUUUGUGGCAUGCUGAUGAACUAUAGCAAUGAGAAUGAUACCCUGCAAUCACAACUUAUCAAUAUGGGUGUUAUUCCUACAUUAGUGAAAUUGUUGGGUAUUCAUUGCCAAAAUGCAGCUCUGACAGAGAUGUGCCUUGUUGCUUUUGGCAAUUUAGCAGAACUUGAGUCAAGCAAAGAGCAGUUUGCCUACACAAACAUUGCUGAAGAGCUUGUGAAACUGUUCAAGAAGCAAGUAGAGCAUGAUAAAAAAGAGAUGAUCUUUGAAGUUUUGGCUCCCCUAGCAGAAAACGAUGUCAUUAAACUGCAGCUAGUUGAAGCAGGCUUGGUGGAGUGCUUACUUGAGAUUGUCCAGAAGACUGUCGACAGUGACAAAGAGGAUGAUGUUGCAGAGCUUAAAACAGCUUCUGAUCUUAUGGUUUUGUUACUGCUUGGAGACGAAUCCAUGCAAAAGUUAUUUGAAGGAGGAAAAGGCAGUGUUUUCCAGAGAGUACUUUCAUGGAUUCCUUCAAAUAGCCAUCAGCUACAACUUGCAGGAGCAUUGGCUAUUGCAAAUUUUGCCAGAAAUGAUGGAAACUGUAUCCAUAUGGUGGAUAAUGGCAUAGUUCAAAAGCUGAUGGAUCUGCUAGACAGACAUGUGGAGGAUGGAAAUGUAACUGUGCAACAUGCAGCUUUGAGCGCGCUCAGAAACCUGGCUAUUCCUGUUGUAAAUAAGGCUAAGAUGCUAUCAGCUGGCGUUGCAGAAGCAGUAUUGAAAUUUCUCAGAUCGGAGAUGCCCCCUGUUCAGUUCAAGCUGCUGGGAACAUUACGAAUGUUAAUAGAUGCACAAGCAGAAGCAGCUGAACAACUGGGAAAAAAUGCAAAACUGGUGGAACGGUUGGUGGAGUGGUGUGAAGCAAAGGAUCACGCAGGUGUGAUGGGAGAAUCAAACAGACUACUUUCUGCACUUAUACGACACAGCAAAUCUAGAGAUGUAAUUAGGACGAUUGUACAGAGCGGUGGCAUCAAGCAUUUAGUAACCAUGGCAACCAGCGAACAUGUAAUAAUGCAAAACGAAGCUCUCGUUGCACUGGCACUAAUAGCAGCUUUAGAGUUAGUCACUGCUGAAAAGGAUCUCGAAAAUGCUCAGCUUGUUCAGAUUCUAUACAGACUGCUAUCAGAUGACAGGAGUGCUCCAGAAAUAAAAUACAACUCCAUGGUGCUGGUCUGUGCCCUUAUAGGAUCUGAAUCUCUCCAAAAGGAAGUGCAGAAUAUGGCGUUCCUAGAAGUCGUAUCAAAACUCCGCAGCCAUGAGAACAAAACUGUUGCCCAGCAGGCCUCGCUAACAGAGCAGAGACUUGCUGUAGAAAGCUGAGGAAGGUCUUGUUUUCAUUGCAUCCAUCACAGAUUCCACCUUCAUCCUUUGUCCUGCUGUCGCUCCUGCUAUGUUUUCCACUGUAUCACUUGUGCAUGCGUGUAAUGUCCCCACACAAAUUGAUGAACUGCUGUAGGUACCCAUCCAAAAAGAUUUCUAAAAAUUCAUAGGUGGUGUUAACAUGAACUUGUCUCUACCCGUAACUGUUCUACUUGUAUUCUUGUUGCUUGGGCCACAUAGUAGAAUGUGCAUGUUGUAGUCCUAUGAUGAUGUAAAAGUGGUACUACACAAUGACUCUUUCCUCACGCCCCCCUAACUGCAUAACAAUGUACUACUAAAUUAGGGACAGUACAAGAUGCAGCAAGUCCAGGCUAGUGCACUGACUGUAGAUUAAGAAGUAAAUCUAGCUCCAUUUUUGGUGCUCUGAAGAGGCAGGUUUGAAUGCAAUGUACUGCUGCUCAUUCACUGGUCUUGCCUAUUAAUGUCAAACUCAUGGUACCUAGAGGUAAACAAAUAAAAAAUUCAGUGCUUUCACUUA